GAAUUUUUUAAUGAAUUAUAGUCUGACGAUGCAAUGACAUGGCGUGUUUACUAACGGUCAAUGGUGUUGACCAUCCAAAUUGACAGUCAAACUAGGUGUCGGGCCAAUUAAGUUUAUAUGUUACUGUUACAUAGUUGAGGCCAGGAUGUUAAUUUCAGAAACCACGAGCCAAAGUUGAUUAUAUGGUCAUAGUUCAGGCCAAAAUAAGGUAUUAACCCAUUUUUAAAUGGGUAAAACGGAUAUUUGCAGGUAACUCGCGGGUACCCUGGGAAUGUACAAUCCCAAGUCUCAUCCGUUAAUAAUUUUACUGGUAAUAUGGAUACCCGUAACCCUCAAAUAACGGAACGGAUACAGAUAUACCCAAAUACUAGUUUCUCGUUGCCCACCCCUGCCUUUCGCGAUCCAGCAGUAAGGCUCAUGAAUCAUGACAACACCUUUGUAGACUUUGGUUAAUCAACCCAGGAAUCAUGACAACACCUUUGUGUGGCUCACAAACUGUGGUUGAAAACUAAAAACUCCAAGUCCCUAUCACCUUCAGACUUUAGGAGUUCAGGUGCACCCCCCCCAAAAAAAAAGGCUUCAGCCACAAAUUGGAAGUAUCCGGAAUUCAUUAACCGAAAAAAUCCCAUAUAAUGGUCAUAGCCACCUCUUCCUUUCAUUUUCACUUGCAUAGUUGCAUUGCAUCCCUGCUUCCCCUCUCCCCAAACUUCACUGCAGUUCAUCUUGGUUCAGAAUGGAGGAAGCCAGCAUCGAUUUGCAGCAGGGAAAACUAGUCGUCGGAGCUUUCGUUGCCAUCGUUGCAGUGUCGAUCAUGGCGUUCUGGUUGAUGAUGAAAGGCAACAAAGAACGACCAGCCCCAUUGCCUCCCGGCCCACGCGGAUUGCCAGUAGUCGGGUACUUGCCAUUUCUAGGCACCCAUCUCCACAAGAGCUUCACACAGCUUGCCCGAGUUUACGGCCCAAUCUACAAGCUUUGGCUCGGACACAGAAUCUACGUCGUGAUUAGCUCACCUUCGCUGGUCAAGCAAGUCCGUGAACACGACGUAACAUUCGCAGAUCGAGAUCCCUCUAUUGCUUCCAAAAUCCUUACUUUCGGCGGAAAUGACAUUGCUUUCGCCUCCUAUAGCGCCGACUGGAGAAAGCUGCGGAAGAUUUUCGUGCGAGAGCUAAUGAGCAGCGCCCGGCUCAAUGCUUCCAACGUGCUGAGAAAGCGGUAUGCCGAGAAGGCUAUUAAAGAUGUGUACCAGAAGACAGGUAAGGCUUUGGACUUUGGCCAGUUGACGUUUAUGAUCAUAUCGAACACUGUUCUUAGCAUGCUAUGCGGUAGCACGACACAUGGAGAGGAAGGGGAGAAGUUGUUCUCGCAGAUCCGGGAAGUAGUAGGUGAAUUGAUGGUGCUACAUGGGGCGCCCAACAUCUCCGACAUGAUUCCAGCACUCGCCCGGUUUGACCUGCAGGGGGUGGAGAGGAAAAGCAGAGAGACAUUUCGGAGGUGUGAUCGAAUUGUGAGCUCCAAAAUCGAGGAGCGGCAGAAACUAAGGGAAAGUGGCGACGACAACAGCGUUAGCAUAGAGGCGAAAGACCUUUUGCAAAUUCUACUAGACCUCAACAACCAUGGAGAUUGUGCUGCUGAUUCAUCUAUUACAGACAACCAACUCAAAGGCAUUCUCAUGGAUUCUAUCAUCGGCGGAACGGACACAACAUCGACCACGAUAGAGUGGACGAUGGCAGAGCUGAUGCAACAUCCAGAGGCAAUGCAAAAAGUAUACAAAGAGCUUGACGAAGUAGUAGAAAGAGGCAAUGUCGUGGAGGAGUUCCAUCUCCCCAGAUUACACUACCUAGAAGCAGCUAUCAAAGAGACAUUCCGACUGCAUCCAGCCCUGCCUCUACUGGUGCCACGAUGCCCUACCGAGGACUGCCAAAUAGGUGGAUACACCAUUCCUAAGGGAGCCACCGUGUUCAUCAAUGCUUAUGCAAUGCACAGGGAUCCACAGCUCUGGGACAGUCCUCUGGAGUUCAGACCAGAGAGAUUCCUAAACGAGAACGCAGCCAAGUUCGAUUACUUGGGGAACAGUUCUCAGUAUUUCCCAUUUGGGAUGGGAAGAAGGGUCUGCGCAGGAAUUCCCAUGGCCGAGAAGAUGCUCAAUUACAUUCUAGCAUCACUGCUCCACUCAUUCGAAUGGAAGCUAGCUCAUGGGUCGACAGAGGUGGAUUUGACUGAUAAAUUUGGAAUCGUGGUCAAGUUAGAGAAGCCGUUAGUUCUCAUCCCUACACCAAGGCUAGCCAAUCCUGAGCUAUACUACAGCUAGAACCCUAAUGAAAAACAAUUUCUGAUGUUCUGUGCUUCCUGUUGUAGUAUCAUUACUGCGUAUAAAAAAUCCAAGCUAUG